AGGAAAAACAUUUCAGUCAAGGAAAAAAACCUCUAGACGGCAGCGUUUUGGAGCUGAGGAACGUGAAGACAAACCCUUGUGACAUUGGUGAAGCAGAGAAAGGGAACAGAGCUCGCAAGAAUUUGGUGCUACUUCUGAAGUCUGUCGUGCUUAGGUUCAUAUGGCUUUGCGAGGGGUUUGGCAACUUCACAAGCUGAUUGUUAGUUACUGCGACUGGGGAGGAAGUAGCAGAGGUAUAAGGGCAUUUAUGGAGUCUCAGUUGCCAGUGUUUAAGGAGAAGAAUCCUCAAUUAGAGGUGGUCACUGAGCUCAUCCGUGGCCAGCAUCCUCAUCUGAAGGGUUUUUACAAGAACAAAAACCAGCGAGUGAUAUGUGUGAAGAAUAUGGAUCCAGAAGACAUAUUUUUGCAUGCAUCUAGACUAAGGAACGCAUUGGGCAGAAAGGUAGUGAAAUUGAGGACAAGACAUGUAACCAAACACCCUAGUGUGCAAGGUACGUGGACAACUGCUAUGAAAUGUUAAGGUCCAGGUAUAUGAGAAAGUUACCCUUGGUGUAUUUGACAAGAUUUUCCUUCUCUUCCGGUGAUUUAAUCAGUUUGUGAACUGGUGAGAGUAAGUUCUUAUCUUAUCUGGCGCCAUUUCUAGUCAAUAGUUCAUAUACCUUUUUUGUGGUUAUGUUGUUUGCUUCACCGUGCUGAGGCUAACGAGAUAGAAAGUGUUUUUAUGUUUUUCUGUUCCCUAUAAAGCUCUGCUAUGUUUUAGUAGAGGGAAUGUUGCAAUCGGGUAUUAGGCCAAAUGAAGAAAUGUUUACUUUUUAAAAGGACCACUUUUGGAUUCAAGAUUUUCACGUUAGCAGCAGUGAGGAAGUAUAAAAAUAAGUGGUAAAUAAAUAAAUCUUCUAGUA